GACGCUCGCACCCAUUUUUGAAUUUUUCACCUUCGCUCUCGUUCCCGGAACUGGACUUCUCCAGAAAGCCAUCAACGUCACUCAUUUGCAACCAUUUUGUAGUGUGCUGCGGUGAUAUAUUCGUUGGAUCGUUUGUUGUCGUGUUCAAACGGUGCUUCCAUUUAUUUCUGUUCGAGCGGAAGCAUGUUGUUGUUGUCGCUGUUGUUGGUGUGAUUCAGAACGCAACGGUGUCGUCGUAUCACGGUGAUCUUGCGGAGGUGAGUGGUUAUGGAAGUUGUGAGGUACGGCCAUGGCGAGCGAUGUAGGUUUUUGAGUUUCUUAGUGUCAAUGUUGUCGUUAGUUGGAGUGUUACUGUGGAAGGUGGUUCAGGAUAGAGUGAUGGCAGAGUGAUGCAGAGCUAUGGAAGAGUGAGGGAGCCGCGGAGUUGGUUGAUGAGUGAUAGUGGAUGUGAGGUCCUUUGGUUUGAGACGGGGGUGAUAUUGAGAAGGAAUCAAUGAGUCGGAGGGUGUCGGCAGCGGUGCCGACGAGAGUGGUGGGGAAGACGGCACGGUUGUCAAAUGUCGGGCCAGCGUAUGGAAUUCCCGGGAUUUCGAAUGGAGGGAAGUCUGGGUUGCUGCAAAGGCGGGCUAGCUUUCACGGGGGGAAGAGCUCGCAGCCUCGAACUGAUCCGAGGCCACUCAAUGACCGGGCCUUCCAACAGGAAUGCAUUCGCAGCUUGACGGGGUAUCUCUUGACCCACGGUUACAACGUUCCGAUUUCGACGAAGCUUUUGGUGUCGCCUGCGAGUAAAGAUGUGCUCAAUAUCGUGCAGUUUUUGUUUCAGAAGGUGGAUCCGAACUUGAAGCUGUCCGGGAAAGUUGAGGAGGACGUUCCGGUCGUGUUUAAGAGGUUAGGAUAUCCGUUCCAGAUUAGUAAAAGUGCUCUGUAUGCCGCUGGGAGUCCACAUACAUGGCCAGGAUUGCUUGCGGCCUUAGUGUGGCUUAUUCAGCUUCUCUUGCACCAGGAGGCGACGGAAUCGGUCGAAACGUUUGACGAUGCAGGGGCGAGGUCUUUUCUUGAAAAUCUUAGUCAGUCUUACCAGUGCUUCUUGGCGGGAGACGAUGAUGAGUGUGAGCGUCUGGACUAUGCGUUUCGUCAGCAGUUUGAGGAUUGUACUGCUGAGGUUAUGGAGAAAGUAGCCAAACUGAGAGUGCCAGAAGUGGAGGAGCAGUUGCAGAAGCUGUCUACGGAAGUGUCUCCUCUCACAAGUUUGGAGUCAAAGAAGGCCGACUUCUUGAGCGACAAGCAGAAGUUCAAUACAAUCAUUAGCAGUCUGCAGUGGCACAAGCAAGCCGCAGAGAAAAAACUGCAGGAGCGCAAGGAAGACCUUCUGGCGAAGAAAGCUGAGAAGAAUGAAAUUCAAGCAGACAUUGAGGAGCUGCGCAAUCGUAUUGCUUCACAAGAAAUCAAUCUUGCAGAUAUUGAGCGCAUGCAGAAAGAGAAAGACCUCCUCGAUGCCAACAUUCAGCCUAUUGUGGCUAAAGAUCAGCAGCUUCGCAAGGCAGCGUGGGAACAUGAGCUUGCGACUACCAACAAGGAGAAGGAUCUCGAGAUCCUGUGUGGUGAGCAUAACGACCGCUGUCAAAGGUUGAAACCUAUUUUAGCAGACGGGCAACCACUUUCUGGAGCUCAGUUGCAAAUAACGCUGCAACUGGACAGAACUCUGCCACAGGAAAUUUUAGGGACUUCCGUCUCUGGUGGUUUGAAGCAGACUAUUUUGGAGGUCAUGGAGAGUUGCAAACGGUACACAAAUCAAGAAAGAGAAGAAGCAAUUACUUGUGAAAAGGAAGUGUAUGCAUGUGAAGCUGCACGUCAGGAGAAGCUGGACCUGCUCUCUCGAAAUGUCGCCACCAUCAAGAAAUUGGAGGCUCUCUACAAGGCGAGCAAAGAGAAGUGGGAUGCGGCUUAUGUUGCAGUGGUGAAUGAGAGAGAGGAGUUGGAGGCAAAAGUGAUCGCGAAAGAAGUCGCUGCGAAGAGAACAGAUGCAGACGCUGAGGAACUUGUCAAACAGUGGGAACAACGGUACGAGGCAGGUACCGCAAGCUGUGCCGAUCAGCUGGCAUCGGCCAAAAAGCAAUGGAUUGAGGUAGUAGACUAUAUUCUAAGCGCCAAGGAGCAGAUCACCAUGCUUUUGCAGAACCUCAAGACCAAAACGCAUGUGGAGGCUGGUAAAGUGAAGCGGGACCUGUCAGAACUUGUGUCUACAAUGGCAGCCCUGCAGGUGUGAAUGCGUUCCUUGGGAUUCCUCGUCGGACCAGUAUACCUGAACGAGGUUGUAUAAAAACCCACAGUGGUCCAUACUCGCGGACCAAUAUACAAUCUCUAGCUCCUUGAUUUUUAGACUUAAAUCAUAGUUUGCUGGGUUACAUUGUAAAGUCUGAUAUUCGUUAGGUCUCACCUUGCUUACUAAUAAAAACAUUCGAAUGUUUUGUAUGAGCCAAAGUUUUUGGUGACAUCUCCACAUGGCACGGCCUUAACAGCUGUAACGAACCUGUCUCGUACAGGGGUGAAUCUCCCCCACCUCGGCAGUUAGUAUAAUGUCUUGAUAA